UUGGCUUCUCCUUGUUGGCUUAAGCCUCCCCUUCCCCCCCUUUUUCCCCUUGUUUUUUCUCUUCUCUUUGGGUAUUUAUUCAUCCAAAAAAAAAUGCUGUUGAAAUAUGCUUCUUGUGGUCGAUCCUCUAUCCUCUAGACUUCGUAUUACAUGCAUGUAUUAUUAUUUUCUGAGAUUGGUGUCCCUAGAACAUGAGAAAACAUUCUAGAUGAACUGGUCACCUGUUUUAUAAUAUUAUUGCAGCCAUAUAUAUCAUCAGAAGCACCAACAACUUUUAUAGAUGAUCAACCUACAUCCUUCAAUGCACCCGCCAUAUAGUCAUCAUCCAAGUUCAGGAGCAUAUUAGUUUCAUCAACAUUUUCAGUAGUCUCCAAUAUGCCUAUCAAUAUAAGUACUGAUGUGGUGAAGCAACUUCUUCCUGUGGGUGAUAUUUUUCAGAAGUUGUCCUUUUAUUCCAGAAAUGAUGCAGGCCCUAGAUGUGCUGGUCGUAUUGCCAUGCAAUCUCUCUGUCCUCCACAAUGUGGCUAUGCUGAAAUGGAAUGGGAUAUGAUUUCCUUUAUUAGAUGUCUUAAAAGCAUGGUACGAUCUUCAAAUGCAGUUGCUUUGAUUACAUUUCCCCCUUCACUUCUUUCACCAUCUUUUGCUAAGAGAUGGCAGCAUAUGGCAGACACUUUGCUCUCAGUCAGAGCAAUACCUGAUGAGGACAAGGAAAUGGCAAAACUCCUUACAGGUUACCAGGACAUGGUUGGGCUUCUCCAUGUCAAUAAAGUGGCUCAGAUUAAUUCACAGGUUCCUGUAAUUCUAGAAGCUUGCACAUUCUCAAUGAAGCUACAAAAGCGGAGGUCUUUGGUCUUAGAACGUCUAAAUCAAGCCCCUGUUGAUGGUUCAAGUGGGAUUUCAUAUGGCACAUCCGCUGGUUGCUCUGGAUCCUCCAAAUCUGCAUCCAUUGAUUUUUAGUGCUUUACUUCAUCUGGAUAUAUUAUAACCAGUUGCCAGAACUCAAGUGCAAAAUAGGCAGUGCCUACUGCAAGUGAUGACAUCCGAACAUAUACACAUCUUUGAGUUGGGGAAAGGUUGAGGUGAUCAUUCCUUGAACAGUACCUCUGGUAAGGAGACCUCCUAUAAGCUUGCAGAGUGGAAGUAAAACACUAUCUCAAGCAAAAUUGAGCCUCCACAGAUCUGCUACGCUAUACUACUUGGCACUUAACCAGUACUGAUUGAUAUAGAAAAUCUCAAUAAGAUUUCUCCUCAUUAUUCUCAUACAUGCCUUUCUUCCUUUUCUUGAACAGUAAACAUGUUUUCUUCACUUCUACUGGUACAUUGGAUUAAUAACAGUGAUCCAAUGGGCUAUAAACGAAGAUGUUAUCCUUGAUGUAAUGACUUGAUGGUUUUUGUUUGUUUUUUUAACCACAGGAUAUCUAAGUCAAAGUCAAAGUAAAAAAAAAAAAAUCGCUUUAUAUCCCCUCCCUUUUAAUAAUUGAAGGUCAUAUGAGAACAAUGUUGGAAAGGCAAUAUCCUACACGAAGUAUGAGCUGAUAAAUUUAUUUAUACUAAACGAGCAGUUAGGGUUGGAUACUGUA